ACGGUGGCCGGAUCGUUUGCGGCUGUCUCUCCUUUCCCGGGGUAUUUUCCGAGUGUUAAAAAGCAAUUAGAAUUUUGUGUUCAUUAACUCCUAUUGAUAUGAGUCCGCAUAUCACUAAUUGUUCUAAGUACAUAAAACUGUGAAAUUAUUAUUUCAAUUGAUUCUUCGCAGCGAAGGGAAUUAUUUUUCAUCUGAUGUUGACGCAAAUCUGAUGUUGAAGCGAAAUUAAUUAUUGCAAUUAAAGAAUUGUAGAAUCAUUGAAUUACUCAGAAUAAGUGGAAUGUUUUUGCUUAUCUUGAGGUGCUCAUGCCUAUCGUCUGAGCGUUCAAGUUCCCAUCAAAAGUGCUGACCCUUGCGGGAUGAAGUGGAAGGGAAAAAAGAAGACAAAGUGUGCUGAGUAAAUUCGUAAACAUUGAAAAUUGGAUGAGGAGAAUAAAAAAUUGAAUAAUGGAAAACGCAUCGGAGAAUGUCGCCUGUAGAUUCUGGUUCAAUUCACGUUUAUUUGUUAUUGAUGGUCAACCCCUGAAGUUUUACCUCCUUGGAUAUAAUCCAUUGGAAUGCCGGGAUAUCGCUAAAAUCAUCGAAGCUUAUGGAGGGAAGCUAUCUGCGCCUCAUGGAGAAACCAUUGUGUUUUCGGAGCCGCAUCGUGUCACUGAUUAUGACUACGAUUUAUACCACAUAAAAUGUCUCUAUGACAGUAUAAUGACGAAUCAGUUGCAAGAUAUCAAUCAUUACAGAUUGAUUUCGCCAUCCCAACCACUGACUCCAGUCACUCCAUCAUCCUCCGAAACACACGACGACAGGACCUCAGACAUCAGUGAUCCCAUCCCCUUAAAAUGCAAAGAGGAACGCACAGACAGCGAAUUCGACUGGAAUAUCCGCGAGUGCUGCGUAAAAAUUCACGAUUUUCUAGAACACACGAAAGACAUUAAAUUCUUUCAACCAAAACCGGAGACCUCAACACGCGACAAAGAUGAAAGCACAUCGUGCAAUUUCAACAGGUCACGGGAAGCCAAAAAACGAUUGAAAAACUUAGAACUCAUUGAAAAAUUAACAAAUGAUCGCGUUCAAUCAACAGAACGUACCGAAGUGAAGUCACGCUGCUCUUCAACUAGAGCAAGGGUAUUUCCACCUGAAAAUGCAUCUCCGGAAUGUUCACAGAACAUUUCAGCAGAAGAAAGCCUGAAUAACACGAUAACAUCUGCAACGAACCGCGGGGUCAUUGACGUGAGUGAAAAAUUGAAAGAAGUUACAUCGAGAAGAAGAAAUGUGCAGCAACACAGUUAUGAAGAGUUCCCUACGGACAUCAGCAGCAGCGAAGAGAUGACGGACUCCAGACGUAGUAAUAAUCGGAAGAGGAAAAAGGUUUCUUCUCUAAAACGCUACCUGAGGCCCAUAAAUUCACAGGGGGAAACCUCUUCACCAGUGAAACGUUCGAGACGUUUUCGUGGCAAACUUUUCACAGAAGAAGAGGACCGGCAAAUAAUCCAAUUUCUCAUCGACAAUAAUGCUAUUUCUAAAGCUACUGGUGUGGAAAUUUGGAAGCAUGUCAAAGCAGCGAUGCCGCAUUCCACUCGUACUGAAACGAAUAUUCGGUGUCGGUACAUGAGCAAUCUUCGUUAUAAUUACGCAAAAUACACUGAUGAUCCCGCGAUAUCGGCAGAAUUUGCAGCAAAUGUGAAGAGUAAACGGAAGGGCCAGUUUUCUUGGCCUGAUUGGGAAAUAAAAAAUGUUGUCGAUUAUCUAGUUAAAUCUGGUGUAUUUUCGCGGCCAUUCGGCAAAACGAUUUGGAAAGAAGUUGUCGAAAAAAAGAUUAUAGAGAAGUCAGUGUCAUCGUGGAGAAGUUUACGGCGUACUUUUUUUCGACAUAUUCUGCCUGUUAUAGAUAGAUAUGUCAAUGAUCCAGGAACUAUCGAGGAAUUUCGGGUUCUACGAUUGAGAAGUUCGAAUCAUUUGGGAAGUAUAUGAUUUCCAUCCAGGAUCGUUCACCAGCUGAUGUCAAUGAUUUCUAAUUUGUCGAGAGAUUUUAAAAUAACGAUACGUAUCUUUUUAAGAAGUGAAAAUAAUUUUAUGGACUGAAAAUAUUCAUUCAUCAACGAAAACAACCUGUAAAUCUGAUGAAAUUAUG